GUAGUAAUACUUAUGAUGAUUUCCGGGCACAUGUGGAACCAUAUUCGUGGUCCUCCAUACGUGUAUUAUCAAAACUCGCAAGUUAGUUACAUCGCACAUGGCUUCUCCAGCCAAUUUGGUAUUGAAAGUCAGCUUAUAGCUAUAAUGU